AUGGAAGACUAUGGGAAUAAGCCCCCUCAGGCCAAUGACAGGGACACAGAUAAGCCCGUCGAUAGGGUGGCCAAGCUGAAAAUGACAAACGGUUUCCAAAAGACCAAAAAGUUUCCCAAGUUGGUUAUGGUAAAAUACACAAUUUACUCUACAAAUGAGAGGAUCUACAUUGUGGGUAGUAAUAACCGUGAAACAAUGUUUCGAAUACUUGAAAUAGACAUGACCACCUCUGCCACUGAGGAAUUGAAUAUAAUAGAGGAGAAUGUGUUUUUUACAAGAUUGGAAAUUAUAGCAAUUCUCAGUGAUUUGGAGGAAAACAGUGAAGGUGGCCUGACCAAAAAACUCUCAGGUAUCGGAUUAUUGGGGUUUAUUAGGUUUACUUCUUACUAUUAUCUUUGUGUUAUUACUGAAGCAAGUAUAAUUGGAGUUUUAGGAGGCAGAAAUAUCUACCACGUUGAUAAUACGGCACUGGUGCCCGUUACCAACAAUUACAGGAAACCGGAUAGAAACUCUGAGGAGGCAAGAUUUCUGCACACUUUUCAAAGUAUAGACCUUACCAAAACUUUCUACUUCAGUUACACUUACGAUUUAACCAAUACAAUGCAGAAAAAUUUCAUGAGUAAUAAGAAAGAGGCCCAAGGCUUGAAUGAAGAGAGCUUCAACGAAACAUUUGUCCAUAAUGAAAUGUUUGUGUGGAACUCUUGGCUUCUCAAUCCCAUUAAAGAGUUUGAUAACGUCUACGACUGGUUCCAAAUCAUCAUUCAUGGAUUUGUUGACCAAGCCAAAAUAUCUGUUUUCUCGAGGCAAGUGUAUAUUACUCUGAUAGCCAGAAGAUCUCAUCAUUUUGCAGGUGCUAGAUUUUUUAAAAGAGGUGUCAAUGACCAAGGAAACGUUGCCAAUGAAGUAGAAACUGAACAAAUUGUUAGUGAUAUGCUAACCACGCCAUUCCACGACCCAAGUGCUGGUUUUUAUAAUAAUCCCAAUUAUACCUCAUAUGUGCAACAUAGGGGCUCUAUACCCUUAUAUUGGUCUCAGGAAACUAGUCCUAAUCUUAGGCUUGCUAAACCUCCCAUUUAUAUCAACUUGAUGGAUCCAUUUUAUACCUCAUCAGCUGUUCAUUUUGAUGAUUUGUUUCAUCGAUAUGGUUCUCCAAUAAUGAUCUUGAAUCUUGUUAAACAAAGGGAGAAGUCUGCCAGGGAAUCCAAACUGUCAAGAGAAUUUGAAAACUGCAUUGAAUAUUUGAACAAAUUUCUUCCGGCCAAGAAUAAGUUACAAUACAUGGCUUGGGACAUGUCUAGGGCUUCCAAAUCCCAUGGGCAAGAUGUUGUUGAGUUUCUAGAGAAGUACGCUGAGAAAUGCCUUCGAGUCACUGGUUUCUUUCAUAAUGGAAGAACUUUGCAAGAAACUAAACUGCAAGAAGGAAUUUGUAGAACGAACUGUAUCGACUGCUUAGAUAGAACCAACGCAGCACAGUUUGUCAUUGGCAAAAGGGCUCUCGCGUACCAGCUUUGUUCUCUUGGAGUCAUUGAAGACAACUAUCUGGAAUACGAUUCAGAUGUGGUUAAUAUUCUAACUGAGAUGUUCCAUGAUCAUGGAGAUACUAUCGCAUUGCAAUAUGGAGGUUCUCAUUUAGUAAAUACGAUGGAGACUUAUCGGAAAUUGAACCAUUGGUCAUCGCAUUCAAGAGACAUGAUAGAAAGCAUAAAAAGGUUUUACAGUAACUCAUUUAUGGAUGCUCAAAGACAGGAGGCCAUAAAUUUGUUUUUGGGAAAUUAUAUUUGGGAAAAAGGAGUUCCAGUUUUAUGGAAUCUAGACACAGAUUUCUACCUUCACAAUGAUUAUUGGGGGAACAAUCUAAUGACGUGUAAACCGAGUUAUACACAUUGGUUUAAUGAUAGGUAUUUGAAGAAUCGAAAAGAGUUAGUCUUGAAAAAGUUGGAAGAUACGAAGUCUCCUGAUAUAGUUAAAUGGGAAAGUUUAAUAAAAAAGAAGGUGGAGCCCUAUCCAGGAUGCGUCGACAAUUAUUUCAAUGAACAUUAUCCUCCCGGAGAGAUUGUUUCAUUGAAAGACGUCUUUGAAUUCAAAAUGAUUUCAACUUUGAAGGCUCUUGAAGUUAUCCCACAGCCCGAAGAAAAGGAAAGGAGAAGGUCAGUUUACAGUUUCACAUCCCCCACCAAGGAAGUCACCUCCGCCAAAGAAUCUGAUAAUAUUUCCUCUCCUUUCAAAACCAGAAAACCCCAGCCUGCAAGUCAAAAGUACAAGAUGUUGUACGAAAAGAAUAAAGAAGAAGAAGAAGUGAAAGAUGUUAAGCCAAGAUCACUUGAUUGUGAGACACAGUUCAGUAGACUACAAGCUAUGCGGGUUAAAAACUACUUUGAAAGGCUGACUAACAGUUUGGAAAUGGAACUUGGAAAAGCUCAGAGAAUGUUCAAGGAGGAAAGAAAGCUUCCACUCUUUGAAAAUAGUAGUCAGAAGAUUGAAUUAAAUGCGUUAAAUGAGGACUAUCUUUAUGAAGAAUUCAAUCUUGAGGAUGAGAAGGCAGCUAAUACGGAUGACCUAAAGCUGGAAGUAACUGCAGCAGACAAAGCUAUUUAUGAAAAAAACACCAAAAUUAAUGGAUUCAUUCCGCUCAUUGAAUUAUCUAGUGAUACAGUUGAGAAUGCGGAGAGUAUUAGGCACUUGGUAAAUAUUCGCAGUUACCAAGAAACUUGCUAUCGUGAUACGUUUUCUGUCAGUGAAGAAGAUUACCAGAUGUACUCAUCGAUUGGGGUUUGA